CACACACACCCGCUCUCUCGCUCUAGCUCUCUUCUCUCCCUCUCUCUCCCUCUCAUUCCCUGUCUCCUUUUUUUUUUUUUUUUUUUUUUGGUACCAUAGAGUUGCACUGAAAACAGAAGAUAGAGGGAGUCUCGGAGCUCGCCAUCUCCAGCGAUCUCUACAUUGGGAAAAAACAUGGAGUCAGCUCCGGCAGCCCCCGACCCAGCCGCCAGCGAGCCGGGCAGCAGCGGCUCAGAAGCGGCCGCCGGCUCCAGGGAGACCCCGCUGAACCAGGAAUCUGCCCGGAAAAGCGAACCGCCUGCUCCAGUGCGCAGACAGAGCUAUUCCAGCACCAGCAGAGCUGACCAAAUUGAAACGUGUGGGUUUCCAGGAUUAAAGAACACUAGUGCAUUAAACGGGAAACAAACCUCUCCAAAAUCACAAGGUAUUUCGGUAACAAAGAAGACACAUACAUCUCAAAUUGAAAUUAUUCCAUGCAAGAUCUGUGGAGACAAAUCAUCAGGAAUCCAUUAUGGUGUCAUUACAUGUGAAGGCUGCAAGGGUUUUUUCAGAAGGAGUCAGCAAAGCAAUGCCACAUACUCCUGUCCUCGUCAGAAGAAUUGUUUGAUUGAUCGAACUAGUAGAAACCGCUGCCAACAUUGUCGAUUACAGAAAUGCCUUGCUGUAGGGAUGUCUCGAGAUGCUGUAAAAUUUGGUCGGAUGUCAAAAAAGCAGAGGGACAGCUUAUACGCCGAGGUACAGAAACACCGAAUGCAGCAGCAGCAGCGAGAUCACCAGCAGCAGCCUGGAGAGGCAGAGCCACUGACACCUACCUAUAAUAUCACCACCAAUGGGCUAACGGAGCUUCAUGACGACCUCAGUAAUUACAUUGAUGGUCAUACCCCUGAAGGUAGCAAAGCAGACUCUGCAGUUAGCAGCUUCUACUUAGACAUACAGCCUUCUCCAGAUCAGUCGGGUCUUGAUAUAAACGGAAUCAAACCAGAACCAAUAUGUGACUACACACCAGCAUCGGGCUUCUUCCCUUAUUGCUCUUUCACAAAUGGAGAGACUUCUCCGACUGUAUCCAUGGCAGAAUUAGAACACCUUGCACAGAAUAUUUCCAAGUCACAUAUGGAAACUUGCCAAUACUUGAGAGAGGAGCUCCAGCAGAUAACAUGGCAGACCUUUCUCCAGGAAGAAAUUGAAAACUAUCAGAACAAGCAGAGGGAAGUAAUGUGGCAGUUGUGCGCGGUCAAAAUAACAGAAGCUAUUCAGUAUGUAGUGGAGUUUGCCAAACGCAUUGAUGGAUUUAUGGAACUGUGUCAAAACGAUCAAAUUGUGCUUUUAAAAGCAGGUUCUUUGGAAGUGGUGUUUAUCAGAAUGUGCCGUGCCUUUGACUCACAGAACAACACAGUAUAUUUUGAUGGGAAAUAUGCUAGCCCUGAUGUAUUCAAAUCCUUAGGUUGUGAAGACUUUAUUAGCUUUGUUUUUGAAUUUGGAAAGAGUUUAUGUUCUAUGCACCUGACUGAAGAUGAGAUUGCAUUGUUUUCUGCAUUUGUGUUAAUGUCUGCAGAUCGCUCGUGGCUGCAGGAGAAGGUAAAAAUAGAAAAAUUACAGCAGAAAAUUCAACUAGCACUUCAGCAUGUCCUACAGAAGAAUCAUCGGGAAGAUGGAAUAUUAACCAAGUUAAUAUGCAAGGUGUCUACAUUAAGAGCACUGUGUGGACGACAUACAGAAAAGCUUAUGGCAUUUAAAGCAAUAUACCCAGACAUUGUACGACUUCAUUUUCCUCCGUUAUACAAGGAGUUGUUCACUUCAGAAUUUGAGCCAGCAAUGCAAAUUGAUGGGUAAAUGUUAUCACCUAAGCACUUCUAGAAUGUCUGAAGUACAAACAUUAAAAAAAAAAUUAACCAAGACACUUUAUAUGGCCCUGCACAGACCUGGAGAGCCAACACACUGCACAUCUUUCGGUGGUCGGGGUCAGGCAAAGGAGGGGAAACAAUGAAAACAAAUAAAAGUCGAAUUUGUUUUUCUCAUGCAUAUGAUUUCCAUUCUGCCUACAGAUAUGGACCCUUUUUCUGUCUUGGCUUCUUGAUCUUUGACCUCUGUUUACAAGGUUGUCUUUUCUUGUAGUUCACUGCCCACAGACUUUCUACGAGUAAUCGGUCUUUCUAGUCAUAACAGAGAAGUCCAAUAGUAACCAGGGACUGCUGGGUAUGCAGAGCAGAGGUUGACUGCCCUGGUUUGUGGAACCUGCUCAUUGUCUCAUGAAGGAAGAUUUUUAUUUUUUUUCACCUAUUAUUGCCAGUAGGCAGGACAGCACGGAAAGGGUCCAUAGCAAUAGCAACAAUAGCAUUAUAAUAUAUUACAGGGUAAAUGGGCAUGAAGACUAUAUAUAGCUAAAGAGAUAUUGUUUAUAUAUUGUUUUAAUUAAUAUAAAAUGUAGUAACUGGUAUAGCUUUUCUUGUUGAAUUGAUAAGGCACUUUUCAUUUUGCACCUUUUUUUCUUUAAAUUAAAUGCUAGCGUGUUCAUUGUUGUGUCGCACGUGCACCAGAAAGGCAAGUUUAACUGAAAAAAAAAGGCUUGGAAGGUACGCAAGGAGGUGUUUAUGCUGCUGUUUUCAAAAAUACUUUUAAAAGAAUGGCUGGUCAUAUCUAGAAAUGAUUGUGUUGAUUUUUUACACAUGGAAUUUGAGUCUGAAACUGAUAUAGCCCAAAAGGACGCUUUGCCUUUUGGAAAUUAAAAAAAAAAAACAAAAACGAAUGUAUUUAAGCUUCCUACAAAGUAUAAUUGCAACUCUAUGUGGAGACUGAGCAUGUAGACUGUUAGGCACAUUUUGAAAGGCUUUUUAAAUGCUACUUGCUCUCUUCCCUAUUACCCCAAAAUACCAUAACCCUAAUCAUGCAGAAUCCAGUAUUUGUAUUUAGAUAUCUCCCAAUAGCAAUCAUUGAGCUUUGAAACAAAUUAGUAACCAGUAUACUUAUUAGAAUUAAAUCUUUACUACCAGAACAAAUUUGUGUUCAUAAAGCACAGACUAAAGGGAGGAGGGAUGAUUUGGGAACGAGGGAGGUAGAGAAGCAGGGUAUGGGUUCUUACUAUAUGUGGGGAACCCUGAAAGCAUACUGCAGGAUAAAUUCUAAAUUAGCUAUUCCCAUAUUCUAGAAUUCUAGAAAAUAUUGCACUCUUCAUUUUGUAGACAGCAGAGGGUAGAACAGAGGCAAGAUAUGUUGAACCAUUUUAUCUUAUUUGUUAAAUUGUAAGUAAAAUGUCUUUGUGUUUAGAGUGAAUCUGAUACCACCAAUACAUAGUGUCUUCAGUAGGACAAUCAGGGCUGCAAUUUAUUUUGUCUUAUCAGUAGGAAUAUAGUUGGGGUUUUCAUGCAGUGGGAGAAGGGGAAUUUCCUCCAUCCCCAUAGAAAAGGAGUAAUUUCAAAGUACAUUGAGCUUAUUUCCAGAACAGGAUGGUCAUUCCUUCCUCUUAAGUCUGUAAAUGUACAUUUUAAUCCCACAAGGUGUCUUGCUGAGCUCUAAAUCAUGGGAUUCAAACACCUGAUUUUCUGUUUGGGGUGUGUGUGUGUGUGUGUGUGUGUGUGUGUGUGUGUGUGUGUGUGUGUGUGUGUGUGUGUAACUCUUUAGCCCUGUUACCCAAAUGCUACUCUAUGCCUCAGGGCAGAAAGUAUUUGAUGGCUGUGAUAUCAUUUGAUAACCAUUACACACACUAGGGACCUGAAUCUUUUCGUUCUAUUUUAUCGUGCUAGAAGCAAAAGAGUAGUGCCAAAUGUAUUUGCAAGGACAAUUUUUUUUUUUCAGUAGCAGCAUGGAACUCACACAUACAUAAAAAGAAUGUGCAAAACCCAGUCUGCUUUCUGGAAUUGUGGUCACCCACAGCUGUCUGAAACAUGUUUUUUUGCAGCUAGCCACUCAAAUUCAAAUACAAACUUUCCCCACAUUUCUUCAAUAUACCUUGCUUCACAUCUCCACAAGGCAAGUUGUAUAAAAUCAGAGUUUAGGAAGCAGCCUUAUAGGAAGAAGAGAAUGUCUUUUGUAGCCUCAAGGUAACAAAUGGAACUUCAACCAGUUCUUUCUAUACACAAAGAAACCCUUACUUUGCCAUUUGAAUUGUCUCCUCAAUUUUUCCCAUGGAAUAUUGGUUUUGACUUUAUAUUCUCUUGCCAUUUUUGGCUUCAGAAAAAAAUCAUUUAAUAUAUAUUCAAUUGACUCCUUAGGGUUUUUUAAAAAGUAAGGAAUUUCUUUGUAUGGUGGAUCUGUAUGAAGCCUAAAUAACAUCUUGAACAUUAUAUAGAUACAUAUACAUGUAUACAUAUCUAUUUGAUCAAUAAUCAUUAUCUAACAAUAAGAAGAAAAUGAAAGUAAACUGUUUAAAUACCUUAAUAUGUGGCUACAUAAAGAAUGAUUAUCAGUUAAACACAGAAAUUAACAGUCAAAAUUGUUCAUUUAGGUAAAUAUGCUCCCCUUGGAAUUGAUUGUCAGUUUCUGCAAAGUAUAUAUACUAAGUCAAUCCAAGGUCUUUCUGUUUGUCCAUUAUAUCCUACUGGGCUGACUAACGAGUUACUGUAUUUCUUUUUUUUUUUAAUUGGUUUCAUUGUAAGUCAUUUCUGAUUUACUAAAAUUUGGAGGUGGUUUUAUUAAAUUAUGUUAACUUUUUUUAACCAAAGCUUUCUGAAUAUGACCAGCCUCAGGUGCUAGUACUUUUAAAGAGCAACUAAACUUAAUUUCAGUGUCCAUUUUCAAGAUUCUGAUGAGCUAAUCUUUUCUAAGGGUGAGACAGACCUUGAUGUUGAACAUCUGUCCAGAUUUCUAUGAUACUUAUUCUUGAAAAGAUCUAACAUUGUACCAGAUGUAAAUUUUGGGGGUAUCAUCACUUCAGAGUGGCAUCGCUUCUGAAGGAGAGGCAGAGAUAAAUCAAGAUAGAGUAAUAUAAUGCUGCUAAAAGGUCUUUUUGAAAGGCCAAGAGGAUGUUGAAUAUUAUGAGCUAGAUACAUUUUGUAGGAGUAGACCAAUAGAAUCCAAGAUCUGAAGUGAGGUGAUUUAUUCCAUUAAUAAUAUGCUGUGCAUAAACGAAUGUGAAAAACUUUGAAUUUUCACUUUCUGUUCUCAUUUCUUCAUUGUUAUAGAAACAUCUAUAAUAUGUAUUCCUUUGCUAACAUGGGAAUAAUUGUUUUUAAUGACUUAUAAUUAAAGUUGCCUAUACCUAAAAGUAUCUACCAGAAGAUAAUCUUUAUAGCUUUCUUCCUUUUUGUUCGACUGGCCCCAUAUCAACAUCAUUAUUCCAUCAUUAAGCAUUUCAUACCACUCUCAAUUAGAACAAAUACAGCUUCUAUAGAAAACCCUGAUACCUUAUACUGCAAUGGUGUCUAUACAGCUUGUUUCUUCUUGUGACAAUUUUGGCUUUUCUCACAGUAGAAAACAAAGCUACAUCUUAUGGCAAAUGAAUCUUCAAGCAGAUUAACUAUUUGCUUUAAAGUAGAGAAUUUGGCCAUUUUGUUUUUAGUGAGUGCAGUAUCCUCCUAGGCCUCUAAAA